ACAUGACGAUUAAUGGAAACACGGGGCGAUGACUCCUUUACGCUACACUGGCGUGAAUCAGCCUGUUGUGGUAUCAAACACGAGGGAGGAGCUUGUUACACGUGCACCUUUAGAUAUUCUGCGGCUACAUGCACCAGAAAAUUUCACUUUUUAGUCCUUACCGGGCAGGCUAAGCGAUUGUGCCAUAGUUUGUAGCAGGUGAACGGUAAGCCAAUGUGGUUCUUUGUAAAGAAAACAAUUUCAACGUUUAAAUUUUUGUUUUUGCUUACGACACUCGUUGUUCUGGUGCUGUUUAAUUUCCCAUUCCGAGCUUUGUCGAGAAAAGUGGAUCAGGAUGUUCAUCCCCAUCAACGAAAUGAAAUAAAAACUAUUUUGGUAUGGAACGGAUCUAACCGAAAAGAGAUACGAGUCUUCGGUAUGGGUAACAACAGCUUCAUCAACCAAAAUUGUACCUACAGUCGGUGCCAAAUCACCGACAAUCGAUCGUUACAACCCCUAUCCUACUACGACGCGAUCAUCGUCGUUUUCAACGAUGAAUUCACGGCCCCUGAUCAAUUAAAGAUGCCUGAAUUUGGAAACAAGCGCAGCAAAAGACAGCGUCUCGUGUUUUUCACUCAAGAAUCUCCUCCAGCCCUGAAGCCUUAUUACAACAUGACCCAACUGGCCAACUUUUUCAACUGGACCAUGACAUACAGAACUGAUGCCGAUAUUCCUUUGCUAUACGGCCGGAUCAUUCCUAAAGAGGCAGCUCCUCGUACAGCAGAAGAGAUUAACCGUAGAAGAGAAAUAUUCCGUAAUAGUAUGCCACCAAAAUCGUGGCGGAAUAAAACAAAAACCGCAGCCUGGAUGGUUUCCCAUUGCAAGACACACAACCAACGAGAAACGUACGUCAAAGAGCUUAGCAAAUACAUUGACGUCGACACAUAUGGCCAAUGUGGUAACUUGUCUUGUGCUCGUGACAUAUUGCAUCAUUCCGAUCCACAGUGUUACGGCAUGCUCGAGUCUACAUAUAAAUUCUAUUUAUCUUUUGAGAAUUCUUUAUGUACAGACUAUGUGACGGAAAAAUUUUUCAAGAUAAUGGGUCACAACAUCGUUCCUGUAGUAUACGGUGGAGCAGAUUACACUAAACAUGCACCGCCCCAUUCUUACAUCGACGCCGGAACUUUCAAACCGCAAGAAUUGGCUGCUUAUCUCAAAUUACUUGACGAAAAUGACACUCUUUAUAACGACUACUUCUGGUGGAAAGAGUACUAUGACAUAGAAUUUAGCGUGGGUAACAUGUCGCGUCACGGUUUCUGUGAUUUAUGCCAAAAGUUACACGAACAACAAGAUCGGGAAUUUCAAUCUUACCAGGAUUUAACGUUUCAAUGGGACGAUAAAAACGCUUGCAAAACAUUCGAUUCAAGUUGGAUAUCUUAAACGAAGAGCUCGGAUGUCACUGAAUUUUGAUGUUAUGUUCAAACUCUACCACCUGUAUGCAAAUAUAAUCCCCAAAGUCAAUACACAU